UCGUGUACAGAAGUGCUACGGCGCUGUACGGUUGUUCUACCACGAAAGAAGAAAAAAAAAAAUCCGAUAUGGAAAGAUUAGCGUGUAGUAUUUCCGCCGGUUCAGCUGAGAUUUUUCCCCCCUGCUUGUUCUUUGAAUCCGCCCAUAUUAUUUGGGUGUCAGCCUUGUUCUGGUUGGAGGGAGGGGGGGACUGGUCAUAGAGGUCCGAUGCGUCACGUUUAUCUGGGCCUUGUGGAGCCCCGCCGGCUGCGCGUCGUCCGAAUGUGUUUGUUUUGGGUUUUUUCGCAGGACCGGAACCUUUAUUUUCCCGCUUCCCUCUCGCGCAUUUUGGAUCCAGCCGGAAAAUAAAUAAGGUAUGCUGCUUGGUAAUUUCACAUGUGGUGUUCAUAUAAUGUGACAAGACUUUUCCUUGGAGUCAUAGACAACCUGCCAUAUUGGAAAAUUUUAAAUAACCAAGGUCCUGUAACAGCUGAAGCCAUACAUGUACAGUGGAAGGAUGACCGAGGCAUGGCAGCAGCAGCAUGCAGUGGCCCCUCCUCCUGUUGCACAUCCUCUUCUCCAAGGGAGCGAAAACCCCCUCGGUAGUGCCGUGUAUGGGAUUGUCCUUCCGGCAGACCCCGCUUUACAGCAGUCGCAGCACGGUCAGCACAGCCAACAGCAUCCGGUGCCUGCUCAACAGCCGUCCUUGCAAGUCGGGAGCGAGGGCGGGCACAAAUGUGGAGCGUGCGGCCAUGAUAUAUCUCACCUGGCAAAUCCACACGAGCACCAGUGCAUGGUGAGCCAGGACCGCUCGUUUCAGUGCACCCAGUGCAUGAAGAUCUUUAGCCAGGCCACUGAUUUGCUGGAGCAUCAGUGUGUUCAGGUAGAGCAGAAACCGUUUGUCUGUGGUGUGUGCAAAAUGGGAUUCUCACUUCUUACGUCUUUGGCGCAACAUCACAAUGAGCAUUCGAAUGGCAACAACCCUAUGAAGUGCUCUAUCUGUGAGAAAACAUACAGGCCAGAUUCUGCCUCCUCAACCCCCCAGCAGCCAUCUACAGGUGAAACCUCCAGCAGUGGAGCAGCAAUGGGCUCUUCUUCAUCCACUGCUUUUCAAAACUCCGACAGGCCCUACAAGUGUUCGGUGUGCUCGAAAGCUUUCCGACAUCUAUCUGAGCUCUCUCGGCAUGAGAGAGUGCACACGGGCGAGAAACCUUACAAAUGCAACACAUGUGAAAAGAGCUUUAGCCAGGCGUCUCAUCUGGCGCAUCACCAGCGCACUCAUAGUGCUGACCGCCCUUACAAAUGCGCGGUCUGCGAUAAGACCUUCAAGCAUCGGCAGCACCUUGUGCGCCACAUGUAUGCCCACUCUGGCGAACACCUGUUCAAGUGUAACUUGUGUGAACUCCACUUCAAGGAAUCGUCUGAGCUCCUGCACCACCAGUGCCAGCCCGCAGGGGAACGGCCGUUCCGUUGCACGACGUGUGGAAAGACCUUUAAACGGCCGUCUGACCUCCGGCAGCACGAGCGCACCCACUCCGAAGAAAGACCUUUCCAAUGUGAAGAGUGCCAGAUGAGUUUUAAGCAGCAGUACGCUCUUGUGCGACACCGCCGCACUCACAAAAACCCAGCAGAGCGUCCUUUCAAGUGCAACCAGUGCGACAAGGGCUUCCUGCAACCGUCCCAUCUUCUCUACCACCAGCAUGUCCACGGAAUCGAGAACCUUUUCAAAUGUGCUGCUUGCCAGAAGGGCUUCAGACAGUCUGGGGAGCUGCUCAGGCACAAAUGUGGAGAAUCCGCCUCAGGCUCCAAUGCACCUGAGAAACCGUACAAAUGUGAUGUAUGCGGCAAGGGUUAUAAAAAGUCAUCCACCCUUCAGCGACACCAGAACUCCCACUGCACAGAAAAACCGCUCAAAUGCUCCUUGUGUGGUCGCCGCUUUCAAUCGUCAUCUGAUUUUGUCCAGCAUCACUGUGAUCCUGCCCGUGAGAAACCAAUGAAGUGCUCGGACUGCGAGAGGCGGUUUAAAUAUUCCUCGGAGCUCCAAAGACAUCGCCGUGUCCAUACAGGCGAAAAACCUUUUAAGUGCCCAACCUGCGACAAGGGAUUCAAGCAGCGAGAGCAUCUGGCCAAACAUGGCAUCGUCCAUUCGCGGGAAGCCCAGUUUAAGUGUGUGUGGUGUGGAGAAUGCUUUGGGGAGCUGGGGGCGCUUCAGGAGCACACAGUCCAACACACAGCAGAAGGAGGCGGAUAUCCAGUAGCCCCGUGCAUACAGUAGUGGUGCUCCAACAAUGUUAGCCUCCCAUCUUGUUUAACAAAGCCACGAAUAUAUAGUGCUUAUAGGAAAAACUUGCCGGUGUUCUAAAUGUGCUAUAAUUUAUUGAGGUUCAUUUUAAGACUCACAGCCUGUGAUGUAGUUUUCAACUCUCAGUUCCAGUACUUUCCAGCAAGGUCUUUAAGCUGCUUGGGUUUAAAGUACAGGGAAAAAAAUGUCCAAAAAGUUUGUAGGAUAUACGUUCUAGAUUUUUUAGAUCUUUCUCCAAUAUUUGAAAUUUAAAAUACUCUAAAAUUCAAAUGCAGUGCUGUUGUAAGUGUUUGUGACCAAUUGCAUUCUUAUUAUUUUAAUAUCAACAAGCUUAAUUCAGUAAAAACUUUUUUAGGAGUGGUUCCUAACCUGAGAAGUUUGCUGCGGCAUGUGACAGACAGUGUUACUUUUUUCCCUCCAUCCUGUACAGUAUAUGUACAACCUCAUGCUUUUUACCUGUCAUAGUACUUGUAUAUAUUAAGGCAGACUGCUCCGUAUAGUUACCCGACUGUAUAAACUUCAAUGCCUAACCCAUGAUGUAACAGGGUAUGUGUAUGCAUGAAUAAUCUUAAAUCUCUAUGUUAGCAUUUUAUGUUGUAAACUGUAACUGGUGCUUAUUUGUAUGUUGUCUUUUAGGCAAAAGAACAAAGUUAGUUCCUUUUGAAGUGAUGCAAAUGUAUGUGACGAGUGUACGUGGUUAAUUCAGUUCAUCCCUGCAGUAUCAUGGCUAUCCAGACAAUUAUGAGUAACACUAAUACAUUUAUACAGUUUAUAGUUCGGAUUAAGUUUCAACAGCCCAGUAACAGCAUGUCUGUCACAGCAAUUAAAAAAAAAAAACCCACAAACAUAAAUAAGCUGGUGUUACUCCUCAUGGACGCUCUUCAGUACUUUUCAGAAAUUUAUGUUUUGUAAUGAUUUAGUACAAUUUAGUGUCUAUCUCCACCAUACUGUAAACUAUAUGUCAAUGAUCAUUCCUUUUUAAGGACAGUUAUUAGUUUCUGACUGUGGAUGUAGUAGGAUCAUUAUUAUUAUUUUUUACCUUUAUGAGACUUUUUCUUUUUUUUUCUUUUUAUAGAUGCCUUUGAAAAGUGUUAGUGAUCUCCCACCAACAUUAGUUUUCUAAUUAUCCUAAUAUUAUAAAUAUAUAUAUUAAAAAAACCUAGGAAUUAAAAGCACCUUGGUUAUAUUAAGCAAUGCCACAAAUUUUGUUAGAUCCAGUUAGACAAAAAUUUGCACUCUAAUCAGCGUAUCAAUCAACUGUCCUAUGGUGAUCAUGAUUAUUGGGACGAUGCCGGGGCAGUCGAGCAUCCUGUAGAAACAUCCUAGGAAACAACACUAAUCUAUUAAAGGUUUGUUAACGCUAACAAAGUAGUCGUGUUUAAUUUUCAGGAACAAACCUAUCAAAAUUCUUGAUUUCAAUGUCCAUUUCUUGUUACAGUUAUAAUAGGUUAU